UUGGCGGUUAAAACCAAUGUGUGUAUACACAACGAGUAUAUAUAAAUCGUUCAACGUGAAUCACUUUCAUUUACUCAUUUUCUUCUUUUUUUUUUUCACUCUCACUCUCCUUCAACUUUAAACGAAUUUUUCAAUUCGAAUUGGCUUUGUUAUUGAGAACAAAAAAUAAUUUUCCGAAUAAAUUCCAAAAUGCCUCCAGUUUUAAAUUGUGAAACUUCUUCUUCGACGGCCACCAAUGCCAAUACUGAAAAUGGAUUUAAAUUGAAUGAUGAUGAUGAAUUUUCAAAGAAACUAGUCAUUUCUAAUGCCGUUGAUAACGAAUCGAAAUCUGAUCAAAAUUCGAAUUUUGAUGAUGAUGAUGAUGAUGAACCAUUAUUGCGUGAAAAUCCAAAUCGUUUUGUUUUGUUUCCAAUUCAAUAUCAUGACAUUUGGAUCAUGUAUAAAAAAGCUGAAGCAUCAUUCUGGACAGUUGAAGAAGUGGAUCUAAGUCGUGAUAUUGCCCAUUGGAAUCAAUUGAAUGCAAAUGAAAAACAUUUCAUUACACAUGUAUUGGCAUUUUUUGCUGCAAGCGAUGGUAUUGUCAAUGAAAAUCUGGCCGAACGUUUUAUUCGUGAUGUACAAAUACCAGAAGCACGUUGUUUUUAUGGCUUUCAAAUUGCCAUUGAAAAUGUUCAUUCAGAAAUGUAUUCAUUAUUGAUCAAUACAUAUGUAUCGGAUCGUAGUGAACAAGAUUUUCUAUUCAAUGCCAUACGUAAUUUACCUUGUGUAGAAAAAAAAGCUAAAUGGGCUAUACGUUGGACCCAGGAUGAUUCAGUUACAUUCGCUGAACGUUUGAUUGCAUUUGCAGCCGUUGAAGGAAUCUUUUUUUCUGGUUCAUUUGCCGCAAUUUUUUGGCUUAAAAAACGUGGCCUUAUGCCUGGUCUUACAUUUUCGAAUGAAUUGAUUUCACGUGAUGAAGGAUUACAUUGUGAUUUUGCAUGCUUAUUGUUUCACCAUAUUCGUAAUCGUCCAUCACCACAACGAAUUGUUGAUAUUAUUAUCGAUGCUGUAUCGAUUGAACAGGAAUUCUUGACCGAUGCAUUACCAGUUUCAUUGAUUGGCAUGAAUUCAAAAUUAAUGUCCGAUUAUAUUGAAUAUUGUGCCGAUCGUUUAUUGGUAGAAUUGAAUUGUGAAAAACAUUAUAAAACGGCCAAUCCAUUUGAAUUUAUGGAACAAAUUUCAUUGGAAGGUAAAUCAAAUUUUUUCGAAAAACGUGUUGCCGAAUAUCAAAAAAGUGGUGUCAUGUCACGGCCUGAAGAUCAGAUAUUUGUUACAGAUGCUGAUUUUUAAUAUGAAAAAAUUCUUCAUUCAAUUUAAUCGAUUUGCUAUCGACAAACAAACAAAAAAUCAAUUGGAUCAUUCA